AUGUCUUUACGAGAUCUCGGAAACGAGCAUUUCAAGGCGGGCAAGUACAAGGAGGCUGAGCAGUUGUAUUCGCAGGCAAUCGCCGAACACUCUCGCUCAGACCCCAAAGUAUUUUCCAACCGAUCGCUCACCCGCCUAAAGCUACAAGACUGGCCAGGCGCCGAAUCGGACGCCCGGAAAGCCAUCGAAUUAUAUGGCACGAAGAACAAAGCCGCGGCAAUGAAGUCGCAUUACUACUUGGCCCAAUCACUCCUUCCACAACGGCACACCGCGGAGGCGCUGGUGCAGGCGAAAUACGCAUACUCGAUGUGUUUAGAGACCCAAGACUCUAGUGCAGAGUUGAUCAGCCAGUUCAUAUUGAGAGCAAAGCAAGCCGCUUGGCAGAGCAGAGAGACGGCGCGGUUACGGGAGAUGAAUGAGACGCUGGCGCUGGUGGAGGACCUUUUAGAUCAGCAGCUUCGACGGGACCUAGAUGCUGUUGAAGAGAGGUUUCAUAGCGGAGCGCUUGGAGAGACGGGUAAAAAUGAGGAGAGAGAGGGACUUGAAAAGGAGGCGGAGGAGCGGAGGGCGAAUAUACGCAAGGGCUUUGAGGACCCUACAGUUCCAGAAACAGCAGAGAGGGUAGUUCCGGACUGGCUCAUCGAUCCCAUCACGUUCGAAAUCAUGCACGAUCCGGUCAUCACCUCUACAGGAGUAUCCUUCGAGCGUGUUGGCUUGCUGAAACACAUCAAGGCGGCAGGCUGUGACCCUUUGACUCGCCUUCCAUUGCGGGCGGAUCAAUUGAUCCCCAACGUCGCCCUGAAGAAUGCAGCAUCAGAGUUCUUGGAAAAGAACGGUUGGGCAGUCGACUGGUGA